CCUCCUGUCCAGCUGCUGGCAGUAAAGCGACUUUCACGUUGGAUUCUGGCGACAUUAAACUGCCUCUUUCCUGGUUUUCGACACCAGUGUCUUUUGUUGAGACUCUGAAUUCUUAUUGGGCAACAUCAAGUGAAAUGCUGCACACAUACCAGUGGUGGGUUCGAUUCAUGGUUUGAUUACGAGCCUGGCAUGAGCCACUGGAAAACAAAUCUAGCACCGGCCAACCAGGAGACUUAAAUCGAACUCAUCCUGAUGUGAGAAGAGAAGGUCGAUGAGCGAGCUGAGGUUUCUAUCAUGUCCGACCCGGUACAGACCACCUCUGACAGUCUGUGUAAACUCGUCCGCUGGGCUCACAGCCACGGCACCAUCUGCGACCUCAUCCCCAGCCUGCAGCACCUCACCUGUGGUUCCUACAGUAACGUGCUGACACCGGAACCCAGUCCCCAUGGCAGCAGCGUCCCUGUCGCUGUGUGGGGUUGUGGCGCUGGACACGCCUACCACUGGCCACUCAGUGACCGUAGCAACGGCUGCGGAGGCUCAGUGAAUACCAGCCAGGGCCAGGAGAGGUUUGUUGGAGGCCGUCCAUCCAAUAAGGUGACAGCGAGGGCGUCAUGUGACCUCUCCUGCAGCGAAGCAGCAUCAGAGGGGGAGGAGUUCAGCAGCCAGCUGUUUGACAUUGCUGGAUGUGAGUCAUCGGCCACAGACGAAGAUGGCGACUACGAGCCCCGCCCAUCCAGGAAAAGAGGCGGGGCACCAGGAGGAGCAGUUGCCAGGAAGAAGGUCAAGCAGGAAACAACCUCAGCAGAGGAUUUUGACACAGCCGCUAACAUAGCUAGCACGGGGUUAGCAAUGACAGACGCUGUCGAUGUUUCGCAGGCUUGUCAGGCACCAAACACACACUCUCAAAUCACACUCACACUAUUGCCGAACAAGCCCCUCCCACCCUGCCAGCAGUCCCAGCAUGGACAGAAUCUGGGGUGUGAGGGAUUAGUGGACCCAGAGAUGGAGCUGCUAGGAGAAGGCAGCUGCAUGACAGGGACCACGGAGCAGGCUGAGGGAUGCAGCUCCGCCACAGAGACUACAGAAAAGACUGCAGGGGGGCAGAAUGAGCUGGAGAAGCUGCGAGCGUUACUUUGUGCAGAACGCAGCCGCAACCAGCAGAUGACAGAGACCAUCUCCAGCCUGAACCAGGACAAAGAGCUGCUGCAGCAUGAACUCACUAAAAAAGCAGAACUCGUCUGUGACUUCCUACAGGACAAACUACGGCCAGAGAAGAGGUGGUCUCGCCGCUCUAAUCAGAUGGAACCGGGAACUUCACACAUUACCUCUCCUGACGAUGUGGCAGGGUUUGAUUCGCCAACACAGUUUGACUCGUUUGAGGAAAUGGAGCUUCACCCUCUGGAGCGCCAUCGGACCCUGAAGACCAAGAGGAGCCGGGACAGAGAAAACACCCGAGUCAGGAUGAAAAAUGUGGUGGGUGUGAUCGCGCGCUACAUGACAGCCCUCCAAGAGUUCCGCCGCGGUGUUUCCAUGAAGGUGGCCUUUGACCGGGUCGGCGUGGACCGCAACACGAUCUCCCGUACAGCGGCCAUAGGUGAGCUCAGCCUGGCCGCUCCGGAGGUGUUUCACGCACUGGCACCGUGGGAUGAGAAAGAGGAGACGCUGGCACAUUAUGCCCACCGCUGCCGACAGGCGAUGGAUGACAACAUUAAGGCCAAGAUCAAAACGAUGAAGGCUAAAGGCGAACUGCUGCCCAUUGUCUCCAAGUGACAAACUGUUGGAGAUAGUUUGCUGACUGACUCUUUCUGACUGAAUCAGAGGCCUACAAUGCACACUUCUUGAACAUAUAAAAAAUCCAACACAACACACGUCAAAGAAAAAGCCUAUCCUUAGAUUCUCUUCUUCUACUGUUAGAUACUGUACCGUCUGAGUCAGUUGUGCUCAACUUAUUCCAGGAAUUAUAUUGCCAGGUUGUUGUACUUCUGAUCAUGUGACUGCAUUAGAUUCUGGCCACAUUUCAGCCACUGUGGGUGUAGAAAUAAAUCUUUCUGCCUCCUGUCCAGUGGAUUUGUCCUUGUAUGGCUGUGAAACAUCUGUGCAAUAUUGUGACUGAAGAUUAAACUCUUGUUCUGAGAUUGUCACCAAAACCAUUUACUAUUAUUUUAUUUAUUUUUUAGAAUUCAUUAUAAUCAAGUUCCAACUUUUGGUAAUUGGUUAAUUCUGUGGUGGUCACUCAAACCACCUUGUAAUGAAAUGGCUCUACCUUUGAUGUUCCAGUAAAUAGUCUGAUCAAUAAGGGACUUGUAAGUAUUCAAGGUUGAGUGUUUUUUAUCCAUGGUAAUUACAGUAUUCUGUUUUGUGUGCUGCUGACCACUGUUUUACAAUAAACCACUAAACACAGUGAA